UUCACGUGACUUCAACUUUCGCGCCUCCUUGGCUUUUCGGAGCCCACAAAUGUGAUAAACAUGGAAGAAAUGGAACUCAGAACAAUACUGGCUGCUCAGUACAAUAAGUCAACUGUGUUUAUAAGUCCCAGGCCUGUGCCCCUCCCUCGUGCGAGCAUCGCCCCCCCGCCCCCGUGAAUCCUCCGUGUCCCUCCAAGUCAAACAUGGACGUCGUCAAUCAGCUGGUGGCUCAGGGUCAAUUCAGGGUUCUGAAGGUUCCACUGGGUUUCAUCAAAGUUCUACAAUGGUUUUUCGCCAUUUUGGCUUUUUCCACAUGUGGGAGUUAUUCGGGAAUGUUCCGCGUGUCAGUGGAGUGCAAGAACCGCACGGAGAGCAACCUGAACGUCCAGGUUGACUUUGAAUAUCCUUUCAGGCUGCACCAGGUCUACUUUGACGCCCCCUCAUGUAACCGGGGUACGGAACGUGUGUUCUUAGUGGGCGACUACUCUUCCUCGGCGGAGUUCUUUGUAACCAUCGGUGUCUUGUCCUUCCUGUACGUGACGGCGGCGCUUAGCAUCUACGUGUUCUUCCUGGAUAAGUACAAGGAGAACAACAAGGGCCCCCUGCUGGAUCUGGGCGUGACGGGUGUGUUGGCGUUCAUGUGGCUGGUGAGCUCAGCGGCGUGGGCGAAGGCGUUAUCCGAUGUCAAGACGGCGACCAACCCUGACCUCGUCAUCACUUUGAUCACUGCCUGCGAUCAUGAAGAGAACCGAUGUCGGGAAGUCCAUGACCCGGUCAUGUCUGGGCUCAACACGUCUGUGGCGUUCGGCUUCAUCAAUCUGGUCCUGUGGGUGGGAAACCUGUGGUUUGUUUUCAAGGAAACGCGCAUCAUCGCCCCCUUCAUGAGAGCCCCGCCCCCUCAGGACAAGGCCGCCGCCCCGGACGGGUACGAACAGGACCCCUACGUCGGCGGCCAGGGGGGGUAUCAGCCUGAAUACAACCAAGACGCCGAGUACGGCCAGCAGCCGCCGCCGACCUCCUUCUCCAAUCAGAUGUGAAGCUCGGCUCGAUCACAUGAUUAUUAUAUUCCUCCACAGGAAGUGGUGGCCUGCUAGCUUCCCACACUGCUGAAAAGGCGGUGAUGCCAUCAUAACAAAAACCCCGCCCCUUCAACUCAUGACUUCACUGAAACAAUGCUUCCUUUUUCUUUCCCUCCUCUUCUCUGCCACUUCCUGCUCCUUCUCUGACAUCUUAGAAAUGAACCAAAACUUGGAUAGCAAACUAGCUAGCUAGCUCGCAGCUUAGCUAAUGCAGAUCAAUCAGCCAAUCAGCAUCCGUUGUGCAAUGAUGCCCCUACUUCCUGUAUGUUUGUGUGUUUCUUCCUGUUGGACUCCGCGUCUGUAACGAUGGUGAUGGUGAUGUUGUUGCAAUGGAUACGCCCCCCCCCCCCCCCGCGCUGUUUAUUUAGUGUAAGGUUUGAAUAAACAAGUAAAAAAAAAAACAUCCUUUGUUUCCAUGGCAACACGUGACUAACCUUGAAUGACCUCUUGUGUAGCACACAGGCUUCACCUGAUGAUGGUCCCCUCCUCCUCUCCCCGGUACUCCCGCUCUACUCCUAUAGCUCCUCCCCCUGCCCCUCCCCCCCACCACCUCCAUGUUGUUGUGCGCUCGGCGUACACAUUCAGUCAGCAGAAUGGCGUCGCUCAUCUUGCUGCCGCUGCUACUCACCGUCGCUCAGUGUGCUCCUGCAGGUCCUGGUUGGCCUGGACUGGAUCUCUCAGAAGGUGGAGUUCCACGUCAAAACAUUCCCUACGACGGCAAGGGGGUGAUCUAUCCCGCCUGGCGCAGGGGAGGAAUGCUUGAUGAGGUCUGGAAUGGGCAGGGCUUGGAGCAGGCCCUUCAGCGAUUGGUGGAGAGAGGACAUAGGCGGGAGCAGGAGGAGCAGAGAGCAGCAUAUGCUCGUGCUUUGCUCCGCCUCCUUGCUAAAGCUGAGGCGGCACGGGGGAACUUCCGGGGUCCACCCCCGGCUGACUAUGACACGGGGUGGGGUCUGAGUACUGGUAGGAUCCCCACCCAUUGGAUGACCUUGAUAGGACCACAGCUGCUUCAGCCCCUGAUGGAUAGAACGGAGACGCAGGUGGGCAGAGCCAGACAAGAGAUCCUACAGCGAGACUUGGAAGAGGAUGAGGAAAUAAGAGGUCUGCUCGAGAACAUCCUGUCCAUCAUCGGCGCUAACCACGCCUCCUCCGGCCACCGUGUACAACGGCGUUUCUCUGAAAACGUGGGUUCCGCAUACAGGAGAAGGCGGCGCUCCCUCGAUGAUGAUGAUGAUGAUGAUGCUGCCUCACCGUUGCCUAGCAACCAGCCACCACUGUUCCGAGUGAAAAGGCGGGGCUACUGACAGACUGACAGAACAGAGAGCCCUGAGCUCCACCCCCAUCAAACCCCCAUCAAGUGCGGCGCCGCUACAUGAGGAAGUAGGAGUCAAGGAAAGGGAAUAAGUAAGGUUUAAAUUUCCAGUGACCUUUAACCUCUGAUGGGAGCAGAAGUGGACUGAAUGUUAAUGUCAUGUGUGUGUGUAGUAAUAAAGUUAAGUAUUAAAGUUAGUAUUUCA